AUGCCCAUGCAGUAUCCGUUAUCCGAUCCGGUCAUUUUGCACAAAAUUCCACGAUCCGCUGAAGAACGCAUCGCGCUUUGCAACAUGACCAUCGAAAUCGCUCCGAUGGCUCGUCAAGGGACGCAUUGUGUCAUGUUUGAGAAAGAUGACCGUAUUUAUCAAAUAUCGCGAUCGUGCAAGAAUGCAUUUGAGGCGUUGCAUUAUCAGUGGCGCAAAUACGUUGAGAUGGUGGCAAAACUAGCGGUCGAAGUGGAUCGGGGCCGUGUGGACCCACUGAGACUGCAGCUGUACACCAGUGUGGUCGCCUACCUGAAGGACGUCAUGUUCGCGUUCAAGGAAGAGACGGACGCGUUGGGGAACGAUUUCGGUGAUGUGUUACAUCGAUCGGCACGCCUUGAUUUCCAUUACGCAUUGGUACUAUCAGGUGGAACUUUUACAGAGUCCAAUCAGCGUAAGAUGGAAAGGAAGUUCCAUGUGAAGUGGAUAGAUUUCAAAACUGGCGUGAACAUCCCAGAGUUAGCUAAACUCACCGCACCCUCAGAUUUUCACGCCCUGCUGUGUGGCGAUGACGAGAACCUCUGUGGUUUAUACGGUGUGAAGCACUCCGAUGCGUCUCUCACGAUGAUCGAUAGAUAUGUUGAGCAAAACGUGACCGCAUGGUUGGAAUCCCAUCCCUCUGUGCCGCAUGUCGAGGUCCUGCCCGAACCAGGGCCUUCAAGAAAGGGGAAGGCUAAGCAGUUGGACGAAGUAACAUCCAAGCAGGUGAAUCGUCUGGGAGGUGUGCCGACCACGCGGUCUGCAACUCGGACUGAGAGUUUGAAGAUCAAGAUACCAGUCUCAAAGAUGAGGCAACGGAAGGAAGACGACUCUCCGCAUAUGGCACAAUCUUCGACGAUGAAGGGAACUGCGCCUAUGGAGAAAGAUAUCGAGGACGUACCUUCGCGGCUCAAUGUCUCAAAGGAGAGGAUGGCACAAACAGUGCAGAAGCGCCAAACUACCCCCUCGAUUGAUAAUGACAACACCGCCGUGACACGACCAGGGGCCACGGGAACUCCAUCAUCCAAUGUUUCAACAAAGGCAUGUCGUACAGAGGAUGAAAAGGGCCUGGGCGACAAGCCGAGGCGCAAAGGUCGAACUGGAGGGGGAAAGCGACAACGCAAGACGUCGAUUAUUCCUGCUUCACCUCGGCAGCCAGAGAGCGAGGACGGCGACGACGUUCCUGUUAGAAACGAAUCCAUAAUAGCAAGCGUCCCAGGUACUCUCAAGUUGUUCCCAGGACGAUCAGAUCGUGCGGAUGACCGUGCGGCAGUUGUUGGCAGUAAUACCGGGUCGAAAGCUAUCGGAUCGCUCGCUACCACCAGUGAUAAGGAACUCCUGCGACGAGCCCAUCUCUAUGGAAAUGGGCAGAAAAUCGCAGACAAUACAUUGAUCUGGCUGAUCAGGCGUUAUCGAGCACUGUCUGGCAUUCCAUUGGAUGAGGACUUCAACGGACAACUCAUGGAACAAAGCCCAAAGGAGGCCUCCUUCCAGGAAUAUGAUGACUACUUAGAGGCGCUGGGGCUUGAACGAUUCUAUGUUGCAUUAAACCACUCGCAAGACAGCUCUUACCACCUCAUCCACCUGUUCCAUGCCCUGGGGAAGGCUGCGCUGACAACGAAUCUACUAUCUCACAGUAGCUCCCGGGUCGAUUCCGUGGACCCAUUGCCCACAUUGACAUCGAAACGCGCGAACGAUCACGAUAUGGUGGUCACCAUUACUGAAGAUGUGGAGGUGCUCGAUGACCAUGAGGCUGUUGGCGUGGAUGGUCCGGACCUAUCUUCUGACGGUAUGGCUGUUGACGAGGAGAUGGCUCAUAUCACCAAGAAGGCCGUUCCAGCGGUGCCCGCUCACCCGAUGAUCGUGAGCACAAAUGGCGGGACACUCAAAUAUCUAGAAAGCUUGUGCGAGGCGUCUGAAGGAGAGCGGAAGCGGAAGCGAGCAAAAUCACUCACAAUGUCCCCGAACAAGGAGGAAGGUGGUGGGGGAGACAGCAAACGGUCAAAAUUGUUAGGCGACCGCCGAUCAAUUGGCCAGUCAAGCUCUCUCGUACUGCAAACCCCAGGAGAUGGACUGACCCAACUGCACACAAGGCUGGUCUCUGAGACACCGCACGUAUCGACAGGACAAGCCGAGGUUGGAAUACCGAUAUUCGUGCCAGCUACUCAGACCAUCGCAACCCGCUCGUAUGAGCCGAGCACCAACGGAAGUAAGGCUACCCAACAUGCGGGAUAUCACCCUAAGGUAGCACAGGUAGAGGGGUCCAUGUCGUCUCUGGCUAUUCACGGUAUCGUUAAUGCGAAUAAAAUUCAUCCUCUCCCACCGACGGAUAAGGUGCAGGCAUUAGGCACGGCGCAGGGAGGUGCUCCACACGGACCAACUGAAGCUGACACUCAGGCUUGGCUGAACGACUGGGGUGAAUCGGAUGCUGCUGUUGGACUUGCAUAG